AUGCCGCUUCUCUUAGACCACUGGCUAUUCCAGCGUCCAUUUCUCCAGCCGUCCACCUUCUGGGGACCAGGCACGGCAGGGAAGGAGGAGCCAAGUUUCCAGGUGCAGAGCCCAUCAUGGCCCAGCCGGGCCCCUCCCGUCCAUUAUGACAAGUGCCCCCGGCCCUCCCCGCCUGUGGCCACCCCUUCCCCAACCUUUGUGACAAAAGCUGUUGGAGAGACCGGUGGGAGCAGAGAAGGGGUGAGAUUCAACCCCUCCCCGGGUAGAAGAAGGGCUGUGCUCCCCAGCCUCGAAGGAGAAGAAGGGCCCUGUUCCCAGAUGCAGAGGAGGAGCAGGAACACGACUGGUGGGGCGAUGCAUGGGGGGGCUGUGAUGGAGGACUCCAGGAACUCCCCAGCCAGAGACCCGGCCAGGGCAGCGGUCAGUGCCCAGGGCCAGGGCCGCCUCUCCUUCCUCAGCCACCCGGCCGUCGCGAGCAGAGGGCUCCGCACGUUCAGCGUCUCGCUGGCCCAACAGAAGCAGACCAUGAGGGAGUCGGUGAACCGGGCCCCGGAGGAGGAAAAAAGUUGGGCCGCCGGGAGCCGUGGACCUUCCUACGACUGGGCUGACUUUGUCCACCAGGCAGAGACAGACCUGCAGCACCUGAGGAAGGAGUUCCAGGGAAAGAAGGAGAUCAUCUCCGAGGUGCGGGCGGCCGUGAGCACGGUCCAGGCCUCUCUGGCGGAACAGUCUCUCAGCGUCCAGAAUCUCAGACAGGGCGUCGGGGAGGCGUUGCAGGAGAUGGAGGCGCUGCAGCUCGCAAUGCAAGUAGAACAAACCCAAGAUACGGCCCUGUGGCCUCAAGAUCGACAUGUUUCAACUCCCGCGCCCAUUCCAGAGACCGUCCUCCUGGAACUGGUGGGACGGGGCAUCUCGUGGCUCUGGGGAAAAAGAGGUGGAUUCGGCCAACUGCUCAGGAGAGCUCAGUGGCUGGGCUCCAGGCUGCUCCUGCUUUUCGGGGUGUCCUGGACGGCCUUCUACAUCCUGAUCGUGCAGCCGGCGCUGUUGGAGGGACUGAUCCCCCCGCUGCUCAGCAAAGGCACGGUGUGGCGAGUGCGGGGCUUCUUCACGCCCUUCCUGCGCCUGGAGGUCGACGACCUCCUGCCAUUUUAG